UUGAGUCAUUAUCAACUGAAAAAUGGAGUAAAAGAGAGAUGGUAGAGGAAAAUGUGGUGAGUCUACAUGGAAUGUGGGCUAGUCCUUUCUCUAAGAGUGUAGAGCUGGCGCUGAAAACCGAAGGCAUUCCCUUUGAGUUUGUUGACGAAGAUUUGAGGAACAAGAGUCCAUCACUCCUCAAAUACAAUCUUGUUCACAAAAAGGUUCCUGUAUUUGUUCACAAUGGAAAGCCUAUUGCUGAAUCACUAAUUAUUCUUGAAUACAUUGAUGAAACAUGGAAAACUGGUCCUAAGCUUCUGCAGGAGGAUCCUUACAAAAGGGCUCAAGUUCGCUUCUGGGCUAGCUUUCUCCAGCAACAUGUAUUUGAGACUAUGUCCCUGUUAUGCAAAACUGAUGGAGAAGUACAAGAGAAGGCCAUCAAAGAAUUGUUUGAGAAAUUAAAGACAUUUGAAGAGGGAAUCAAGGACUUAUUCCCAGACGGGGCUCCUUCUAUUGACUGCAGCAACAAUCUGGGGCUUCUGGACAUUGUAUUGUGUUCACAGUUUGGCCCUCAUAAAGUUCAGGAAGAAGUGCUUGGUAUAACAACUAUUGACCCAGAGAAAAACCCACUUUUGUUUACUUGGCUGAAAUCUCUGAAUGAGUUGCCUUUAGUGAAAGAGUUAACCCCUCAUGAAAAGCUAGUAUCAGUUCUUCACUUUUUCAGAAACUAUGCCCUCAAAUCUAGUGCUGCUUGACCUUAUCAUAUGAGAUUUCAAAAUUUGGAUACUAAAUGAUGCCAUAGCUAGUGUCAUAGCUAGAUGACAUGUAUCCAAAAUUUGAAUUAGGUUUCCUUUAGUCUGUCUAGCAGUACUCUUAUUUCCUUAGCCAUCUUGUCCCUUUCCUAUGUGACCCUUCUGUUCUAAUAAAGGCCGACGAAUUCCAGCUGCUUUCUUUCAGUUUUCUGGCCAAGUUCAUUUCUGGCUAUUAGCUUAAGGUGGAUAGGUCAAGUUUCCCUGUAUUAAACUUCCUACAAGUUCUCAGUAUUAAGAUUCUAUAUAUAUUGCAAGCAAAGUCACUUUCUUUUUUCUAUUUACAUUACCUCCAUUAUCCAUCUAAACC